GUCCAAAAUACACAGUCAGUUCUUUAAAACCUUGAAAAGCCCAAUAAAUCUUGUGCGCAGAACCAGGCAGAGGCAGAGGCACAUGCAGAAAUUCCUCGCAGACGAUAGUCUAUGAACAACACACACUCUGCUGCAGCUUGACACCUGUCUUUUACAAUCAUCUUCACAAACGCCAACAACGUGAAAGACGUGGAGACAUCUCGCAGUCGUAUCGAGUUGCAAGUUUCAAGAGCAACUGACCAGCCUUCAGCGAUCAAUGAAAAAAAUGCGUGCAAGAAUGUGCAGGGCAGACUGGUGACGGAUCAUAACACAUCGCAGACUUGUAAACACGGGGUCCUUUAAACUCUAACAAAGCUUCCUUCUUCAGUGUGUUUUCCGGAAUGAGUGGCUGAGCGUCUGACGGCCCUCGGUAUCCUGUGAAGGGCACACAUGGCCCACAACCAUCAGAGCCCUCUGCCUGUGGCCCAGGCCACCGUGCUGGCCCUGCCACCCUCCAGCCAAGCCAAGGACUUGAGGCCCAGAUGGACAGUGCUGGACUCCCUGCUGUGUGGGGCAUUUGCUGGAGCUGUAGCCAAGACAGUCAUUGCGCCUCUGGAUCGGACCAAGAUCAUUUUCCAAGUGUCCUCCAAAAGAUUCUCAGCUAAGGAGGCAUUCAGGCUCAUCUACUGCACGUACAAGAAGGAGGGGCUUCUGGGUCUGUGGAGAGGGAACUCGGCCACCAUGGUGAGGGUCAUACCCUACGCUGCCCUCCAGUUCUGCUCACAUGACCAGUACAAAAAACUAUUGGGGAGCUACUACGGCUACCAGGGCAAAGCUCUGCCUCCGUUCCCACGCUUCCUGGCUGGCUCUCUGGCCGGCACCACUGCUGCGAUGCUUACCUACCCUCUGGACAUGGCGCGAGCCAGGAUGGCAGUGACAGCCAGAGAAAUGUACAGCAACAUUAUGCACGUCUUUGUGCGGAUCUCCCAAGAGGAGGGUGUCCGGACCCUUUACAGAGGCUUCACUCCCACUAUCAUGGGUGUCAUCCCGUAUGCAGGGAUCACAUUCUUCACAUAUGAGACCCUCAAGAAGCUACACACAGAAAAAACUAAGCGACCCCAGCCGUACCCCCAUGAGCGCUUGGCUUUCGGUGCCUGCGCGGGCCUGAUCGGCCAAUCUGCCUCAUAUCCCCUGGACGUGGUACGUCGACGCAUGCAGACCGCCGGCGUCACCGGCUCGUCGUACGCCACAAUUCUGGGGACCAUGCGUGAGAUUGUGACACAGGAGGGCGUCGUACGGGGACUAUACAAGGGCCUGAGCAUGAACUGGAUUAAAGGGCCCAUUGCUGUGGGGAUGAGCCUCACCACAUUUGACAUCACGCACAGCCUUCUGCGCAAAUUGCAUCAGAUGGGCUACUCCGCUCACUGAAUCAUUUGGGAGUGACAGAAGGAAACAAAGAAGCACAGACUGACGUGAGGGAGAUCAUUUCUUUCACAUGGCAAUUAAAUUUUUUUUUAAAAAGUCUCUGCACUCAGUCUGGGCAGAGCCGUCCUGCUGCACACUCCUGUUCCCGUCAGACAGGAUGUCAGAGGAGGGGAUGAGUGGAAAGGAGAUCUGUUAUGCACAAAGAAACACAGUUCCUCACUCUUUGGUUAAUGCACAGUCAGGUUCACUGGCAGAGAGGGUGAGGAGACAUAAAAAGAAGUGUCUUCAAAUUGUUCACAUAAUCACAACUUUUUCUUUUUUUUUUAAUCACAUGAAGUGAUUACCAGUGGGACUGUGGAUAAAGAAAAGUUUAGUUUUUUUUAUGGAUAAUAAGGAGCACUUUGUGUUGUAUUAAUAAGAUGCAUGCUUGCACUUUAUUAAACCUACAAUGUUCUUUCAAACUAAUCUUGUACUCUUUACUGUGAUACCUUGUUUUUAAUGAGUUUUAUUGCUUUUAGUUUGGGGGGAAAUUUUAUUUUUAUUUUAAUCGCAUCGUUUCUUUAAUCAUUUCAAAUAGCGUGAUCGUACAGGGGUAUGGCUUGUGAUGAAAGGGUGAUUAUGCAAUAUGUUUUGUUUUCCUUUUCCAUGUUAUGAUGAUGGUGUUCCAUGAUGGUGGUACGAUGAAUUGAGAUUGAUGGAGCCGAUGAUUGUAGGAGGGUGAUCAUGUCAGCAGGACUGUACAGUUUCAUUGUCCAUCCAGCACUGAGGAGGUGUGGUAUAGUAUUAAAAUGUCUAAGAGAGGCUAAUCAAAUGUAUGAGGCAAAAAAAAUCUAUAUUUACAAAAGAUUUUUGGUUCAUUUGCAUAUUCUUGAGAGGUUUUUGUAGUGUGUCCACAUUGUUGGACACACUUGCUUUUACAUGAGAGUAAGGCGUUGUUUUCCUGAAAAAAUCUAAAUAUGGCAAAGCACUAAACUCAGUCAUAAGUUUCAUGUUUCUAAGGAUUAAUCAUACUUUCACUGCUAAUGUACAUUUCAACGAAGCAGUAUUUGCAAAGAUGUACGUUUACAGUUAGAAGUUAAAACUGACUCUUCAAUAAAGUGUCCAUCCACAA